UUGAGCCGCUUGGCCUUCCACAGGGCGGGGAUGGCUGUCUAGUGAAAAGCUAGGAAGUAAAGACGGCAGUGUGUCGCUCGGACUCGGACCUCUGUGUGUGUGUGAGAGUUUGCCAGUACAGGUGAUCUGCUGAGGAAAAAACCGAGUGGAUCUGACCCCUGAGUGGACAUGUGUGGUGAUGGAAUGACGCCAGAUGAAAGCAGGUGCUGUGUGUGAGAUGUGGUGUGUUCUCGACUGUCACCAUGAGCGUCCCAGACAGCAGAAGCUCCAGCGGCAUGUCCUACGUACUGCAGGUACACGUGAGUCCGUCCCUCAGUUCACGUCAGUCCUGCACUGUCAGAGUGCGAGAGGACACCACGGCGGCCCUGGUGGUGCAGAAAGUGGCUGAGCUGCUUCAGCUGGACUCCUCCCAGCCGUACGAGCUAAUGGAGGUCAGGGAACAUGCAGGGGACCGACACGUCCUCCGGAUGGAUGAUCGUCCCGUUGACCGCCUGCUGCUUUGGCCUCGGGGACACGAGGAACAUCGGGGUUACUACUUCAUCUUCCAAGAGGGCAAACCCGAGCCGUCGGGGCGGUGUAUUACGGCGCAGGACUUUCUCACACCCCGAAGUGAAGACGUGAAGGACCUGUGCAGCCUCGCCGUGCUGACCGAGGCCAAUAUUCUAGAAACUCUACGCACUCGCUUCAACAAGAACCAAAUCUACACCUACGCCAGUAACAUCCUCAUCACCAUCAACCCCUUCAAGUUCCUCCCCAUCUACAACCCCAAAUAUCUGCAUCAGUACGAGAAUUGCGUUCUGGGAAAAGAAGAUCCUCACAUCUUUGCUAUAGCGGACGCUGCGUUCCGGGCCAUGUUGACCAAACACACCAAUCAGUGCAUCGUCAUCUCCGGAGAGAGCGGCUCGGGGAAAACGCAGAGCACCAACUUCAUCAUCCACUGUCUGACCGCGCUGAGCAGGAAGGGCUGCACCAGUGGCGUGGAGAGGACCAUCUUAGGAGCCGGACCAGUACUGGAGGCUUUCGGGAACGCAAAGACGACACACAACAACAACUCGAGUCGCUUCGGGAAGUUCAUCCAGGUGAAUUUUCUGGAAGGUGGAAUCGUUAGAGGAGCCACAAUAGAGAAGUACCUGUUGGAGAAAUGUCGUCUUGUGUCAAGGAAGAGCAGAGAAAGAAACUAUCAUGUGUUUUAUUACCUGCUUGUCGGAUCGUCUCAGGAAGAAAAAGAAGAAUUCAAACUUUUAGAACCUGAAAAUUAUUACUACCUCAAACAGGAUCAGGGUGAUGUGGACGAUGCAGCAGAGAUUCAGAGUGAGUUUAAGAGACUUCAGCAGGCCAUGGAGAUGGUGGGCUUCCUGCCUGCUACCAGGAAACAAAUAUUCUCUGUGCUUUCUGCGAUCCUCCACCUGGGGAAUGUGAGCUACGAGCGGAGAGCAGACGGAGACGGAGUGACCGUGGGACCAGCAGACGUCCUUCAGACUCUCUCUCAACUGCUCAAGGUGAGAGAGGAUCUUCUAAUUGAGGCUCUGACUUGUAGGAAAACUCAGACAGUGAAUGACUUCCUUGUGCUGCGCUACAGCCUCAGUGAGGCGAUCACUGCACGAGACUCGAUGGCUAAAUCUCUGUACAGCUCGCUGUUUGAUUGGAUCGUCCUCCGCAUCAACCACGCUCUCCUCAACAAAAGGGACAUGGAGGACUCUGUGCCGUGUCUCUCCAUUGGUGUGUUAGACAUUUUUGGCUUUGAGGAUUUUAAGACCAACAGCUUCGAGCAGUUCUGCAUUAACUACGCUAACGAGCAGCUACAGAAUUACUUCAACCAUCACAUCUUCCACCUUGAACAGGACGAGUAUGUGUUGGAGGGAAUCAGCUGGACCUCAGUGGGUUACACAGAUAAUGUUGGUUGUAUUAAUCUGAUCAGUAAGAAGCCCACAGGUCUCCUCUAUCUGCUGGAUGAGGAGAGCAGUUUACCUCAGGCCUCUGACAGCACGCUGUUGGAGAAGUUUAAGCGGCAGCAUCAGGAGAACCCGUUCUUUGUUCCUACACCAGUUCUAGAGCCAGCGUUUGUCAUCCGUCACUAUGCUGGAAAAGUCAAAUACCAAAUAAAGGAUUUCAGAGAGAAAAACACGGAUCACGUGAGGCCUGAUAUCGUGACUCUCCUGCGCAGUAGUGAACGAGGAUUUCUGAGGCGCUUAACCGGAACUGACCCAGUUGCAGUGUUCAGGUGGGGGAUCCUCCGCGCCACCAUACGUGCAAUGUAUGCCUUGAGACAGGCGGGGCGACGCUGGGCCGCUGAACAUCCAGCGACAGUAAGACGAUACUCUCGCGACUCUCUGAGCGAACAGAAGAGACGGAGCUCCGUGAAGCACCUGGUGAGCCAGCAUUCUCUCAUCCAGUUCUCCUUCGACCGCUCUGAGGAGAACCCGCUUGAGGUAUUGGAGGACGUCUUCGCCACAUUCGACAGUAAAAAGGAAUUGCAUGAAAAAAUCCUCCGCACUGUAACGCGAUUAGGUGGCGAAGUUCCUCAAAAGUUCCGUCUCUCCACCGUUUCUCUGAGGAAAUUACGACACUUUUCUCCGAAGACUCACACCAGCCGCCACAAACAGAUCAUUCCAAAGAAUCUGUUGGACUAUCGGUGUCUAAAGCUGAUCAUGGAUUUGAAUCUUCACAACAGCGACACUCGUGCUUUACUCCACCUACACAAGAAGAAGAAACCUCCCAGCAUCAGUGCCCAGUACCAGACGUCUCUGGUGAAGCUGUUGGACACUCUGAGGAGAGCCGAGCCGUUCUUUGUGCGCUGUAUCAGGUCCAACGCUGAGAAGAGGGAAAUGCAGUUUGAUGAUGAUUUUGUCCUUAGACAGUUGAGGUACUCUGGUAUGUUGGAGACGGUUUGCAUUAAGAGAUCAGGUUACGGAGCCAAGUUCACUUUUAAGGAGUUCAGGGAUGAAUUCAGGAUUUUGCUGCCGAGGAAAUCGUCCUCUCUCCAGCAGGACAUCCAGAAACUUCUGCUCAAAAUCUCAGAGGACAAGAACAACUUCCAGAUCGGCAAAACCAAGGUGUUUUUAAAGGAGAUGGAGCGACAGAAACUCCAGGACACACUGCAUAAGGAAGUGAUGCGGCGAAUCCUCCUGCUGCAGCGCUGGUUUCGGGCGUGUCUCGCACGCAAACACUUCCUGCUAAAGAAGAGAGCCAUCAUCAUAGUACAGAGGUCAUGGCGAAGUUUUCGAACCUCGACUAAGUGCAGAGCCGCCACCGUGAUCCAGAAAGCGUGGAGAGAAUCUCACGAGCGAGCGGAGUAUCUGCGCCAGAGAAACAGUCUGAAGAACCUGCAGCAGCUGAAACACAACUCAGAGAACCGCAGGUGUCAGCAGGAGGAGCGAGGGGGUAGGGCAGAUGGUCGUAAGGGCACUUCAGGAAGUGAGCAGAGCAGGAAUGAGAUGGUGCUGCCACACCCUGACGGUAAAGUAAAGCCACUGCCUCCUUUGCCGACCCAAACUCCAACGGAGAAAGAGCCUGUGAAGAACCUCAGAACCAAGCCUCAGCAGAACCCAGGCGGCGUCACGGAGCCGAGAGAGAGACGAGAGAAUGAGGGGACCGACAGGAACGCGGCGCUCCCCGUAGCUCCGCCCAAACUCGACCCUCUCACUGACCCGAAAGCAGAUGACAGUCCCGGCACGCUGCAGCGCUCCAAACCAGCUAACAUGAAGGAGAAGGUGGAGAAGUGGAGAGAGAGGAGGAGCGACGUUGAGAACAUCAAGAUCAGCAACUUAAAAGCUCGAGGAAUGUCCAUGUCUCUGGAUAAUCUGAACUUCAAAACCAGUUCAUCUGAGUCUGACAGCACAUCUCCACCCAACUCUGAGGUGACGCUGCGUAGGCGUAGGCACUCGAGACACAAGCGGCGAUUGGCUCACGCUCGCAGCGGCCUCAUGCUGAAGGCCACAGAGGAGUGUGAGGAUUACUGGAUCUUCCCACUUCCUCCCUUCAGCCCGGGAAACUCAUUUCGGGCCAGCGCCCCUGUGGUUCUCAAGAAAACUGAGGCUGAUGGAUCAAAAUCGAGUGUGUUGCUGACUGAAGCCACACCCACACAGCCACUGGCUCCUGAAAAAGGAGGAUUUUUUGGGCGAUAUUUCCCUUUGGGUCAAAAGAAGCGUCUCACGCCUCAGGAUGGAACCCUGACCAUGGCCAGGACACUCGCAGAGAGAGAGGAGCACUUUAAGAGGUCGAACAGUAACUCCCCCACCUCGACCAGUCCCACCUCACUGGUGAAGAGAAAGAGUAUAAAGAUCAGCCGCGGGACUCGAGUCAGGGAGCCGAGUAACACCUCCCUGAACCGCCAGAUCAACAACACCACUGAACUCAGACACCUCGACGAGUUCCUGGGGAACCAGAUGAAUGAGCUCCAGUCCAGAGUGAAGUCUCUCUCAGACACAGAGGUGAUUUUCGUCUCGGCCACCACGCAGUUCAGAGACACCAUAAAGAGCAUGUACUCUCUCACGAACCCUCAGAUCAGUUAUAAAGAUCUGCUGCAGGGAUAUAAAUCUAAAGUAGCCACGUUAGCUGCCCAGAAGAAGAGGGACGAGGUGCCACUGGUGGUCAAUCUGUUCCAGUCUGUACUGGACGGCUUCAUCAGGGGCGAGAUUAAACGAGUGUCCUCAGAGUCUGACCUCACCAAGCCCACAAAGAAGAUGAAGAGGAUGCGAGAGAAGGAUAAGUGUCCUGACAGCCCUCUGGAUCACCUGUUCUGUACGUAUCAAGUCAACAUCGUCCAGUCGUGUGACGUGUGCGGCUCCUUCAUCUGGGGCAUGGAGAAAGCCUGCAUGUGCAGUGUGUGUAAGAUGGUGUGUCACAGGAAGUGUAUGUGUAAGAUCAUCACACACUGCACCAAACACAUGCUCAAGAAGACUGAAGAAGGUAAAGGCACUGUGUAUUUCGGAGUGCAGUUGCUGACUCUGACCAGCAGGGCAGAGUCGGUGCCCUGUGUGCUGGAGAGGCUGCUUGCGCAUGUGGAGAUGAACGGACUGUACACUGAGGGGAUUUACCGCAAAUCAGGGUCCACUCUCAAAGCUAAAGAGCUCCAUCACCUGCUGGACACGAGUCCUCAGAGUACCAGUCUGGAUAAUUAUCAGAUCCACACAGUUACUGGGCUAAUCAAGUGCUGGUUACGGGAGUUACCUGACCCUUUGAUGACCUUUGACCUUUACAAUGACUUCCUGUAUGCUGCUGACUUGCCGGAGAAAUCAGAGAGGCUGCGAGCCAUUUACAGGAAGUUAGAGGAACUCCCCUCCCCCAACUACAACACACUGGAACGCCUCAUCUUUCACCUGGUCAGAGUGGCGAAGGAGGAGGCUUAUAACCGGAUGUCUGCUAACGCUCUGGCCAUCGUGUUCGCUCCAUGUGUCCUGCGCUGUCCUGACGUUUCUGACCCACUGCUCAGUAUGAGAGACCUUCCCAAGACCACACUGUGUCUGGAGGAGUUGAUUGUGGAACAGAUGAAGAGAUUUGAGGAGAAGAUGAAGGAGAUCCAGCAGCUGGAACAUGCUGAGGCUCUGGCAAUUAAACAGCUCACACUUCGCAGACAGAACACGCUCCUGGAGAACCCGAGGGGGAAAAUAGACGUGUCUCAGAUGGACGACUCGGACUCGAACGUGGAGGACACGCUUCUCGAGAGGAUCCGAUCUAUAAAGCAUGAGAAGAAUAAACUGGCCUACAGGCUGCCGGACCUGGACACUUCUGAUAACGAGAACCUGGACUGUGAGAGCACAGUGAGCUCAGAGAGUCCACUCCAUGACAAAAUCAUGCCCCUGAACUCGGAAGGUCAGCAGAGAGUGCCGGAGUGGCCGAAGCUUCCCGAGGAGAAAACUCCAGAUUCCAGGCCCCAGAGACGAGUGGGUGUCCAGUUCACGUGUGGAUCUCGAGAUGGACACCGGGAAUCCAAACCGAGCGGGCGGCCCACUGACCUUGACAUCCCCUUUAUAGACGAUGAUGUUUAGCAUCUAAACAUUCGGGCGUGUAGCGCUAAUCAUUCACUGUAGUGCCGCGUACCAUCGAUGCAAUAUUGUUAGCAUGGAUUGUUUACAGAUGAGAGUUAGCCAACUACUUUCUUUUCCUCAUUUGCAGUCAUAUUUGUGUUGGGAGUUUCCCAGAAGGUGUUGCCAUGGUUAUAGUUAGCUAGCUAAGACCUGGCUGGUGUGGAGAGUGUGGUGUUAGCAUGACAAGCUAGCUAGCGUUACAGUAGGAGCUAAAUGGCUAUCUUUAAAUAAUGACAUUUGUAACCGAAUAAAGAACCUUACUGAUGCUGUGUGCUAUCUGUUAGCUAGCAUUAGUGAGCGAACUAGCUAGUUCUGUUAGCUAACCAUACAUGAGCGAUAUUCUGCAGUGUUCAGUUACACACACAUACACAACACACUUACACAACACAUACACAACACACAUACACAACACACUUACACAACACAUACACAACACACUUACACAACACACUUACACAACACAUACACAACACAUACACAACACACUUACACAACACACUUACACAACACACAUACACAACACAUACACAACGCACUUACACAACACACACAUACACAACACAUACACAACACACUUACACAACACUUACACAACACACAUACACAACACACUUACACAACGCACUUACACAACACAUACACAACACAUACACAACACACUUACACAACACAUACACAACACACUUACACAACACAUACACAACACACUUACACAACACAUACACAACACACUUACACAACACACACAUACACAACACACUUACACAACACAUACACAACACUUACACAACACAUACACAACACACUUACACAACACACACAUACACAACACACUUACACAACACUUACACAACACAUACACAACACACUUACACAACACAUACACAACACACUUACACAACACAUACACAACACACUUACACAACACACUUACACAACACAUAUACACAACACACAUACAC